AUGAAUUUUCUUUGUGUGUUGGCUUGGCCCUCCUCUCCUGCUGCGGUUGAGCCCUGCUGCCGGCGGCUUCACGGGGCCGCUGGUCCGUGGCGGCGGCGGCGGCCUGCACACGCUCACGCACCCUCCACUCUCCCCAACACGUCACGGUCUGUCGAGGAGCGCCGCAGCGGCAGUAAGGGCGCCAGUAGUAUAUGGGACGCACGGCCGGCGGGCCGCCGGUGCAGCAGCUGGCUGUGGCGCCGUCACUGCCGGUACGCCGGCGGCCGCACUGCCGCUCUACGGCCGACGACGGAAGGGAGAUUGUCUGUUUCUUUGCGGCCGGCGGCCGCCACCGCGGCGCGGGGCGUUGACUGGCAGGCGGUCGGGCGCCGGAGGGGGCGCCCUGCGGAGGUGCUUGCGGCGCUGCUGGCGGACUGCGCCCCGCCCCCGGCGCUCGCCGCCCUCCCGUUGCGCCUCUUUGAGGCAACCGUCCUGUGCGACGACGACCCCCGCACGGCCGAGGCGGGUGAGGGGCGGUGGGGGCGGGCGGCCGCUCCACGACCCAGCGGCCUCAACUAUGGCUCCGAAGCGUCGCCCCGUGCCACGGGCCGCAGCAGCCGAAUAGUUUGCCCUGUCGCGCAGGCGCACCGCGUCUGA